AUGGCUUCUCGCAAGCAAUAUGUGAACGAGGAAGAUAUUUUCAUGAAGGCGAUCAUCAGUGUUGUCAUAUCAGCUAGUCCUCUGCGGGCUGCUCAAGACACGCACCGAGCACAUUGUCUGUCUGAGGGCUACCUUAGAAUGACUACAGUUCAACAAACUGUGAGCGCGAUGGACUCAAAUUCAAGUGAGUUUUUGAACAGUCAUACAAAUGAAAAGAAUACCGAUAAAAAGCGUACUAUCGGGGUUUUAAAGGACUUCACAUGUCAGUUAAAGUGGUAA